AUGUCCGUCGUAGGAGAGGAAUACGUCGACCGCGCUCUUGCCAACGGCUCCACCGACUUCUCGAGAGCAGGGCAAGAGAUAGUGACCGAGUGGUGCUGGGGCUACGCUUGGACCCGACCAGGUCUUAGCAAGCAGCAGAGAAGUCUGCUUAACAUUGGCAUGCUCAUGGCGCUGAACCGCGCACCAGAGCUGGCGGUCCACGUUCGUGGGGCCCGCAAUAAUGGCUUGUCGGAACUCGAGAUACGCGAAGCCAUCAUUCACGCGACGACGUAUUGCGGUGUGCCGGCUGGCGUCGACGCGAUGAAGACAGCCGAGAAGGUGCUCAAUGACAUGGCAGAGAAGGGCGAGAUGCCGCGGGAGCUGGGAGACAAGAGUGAGCGGGCGUAG